AUGCAGCUUGGUGAGUUCCUCAAAUGGUACAUUAUUAUCUUUGUUCUCAGAAUUCUGAGUCUCCACCAUUACCCUGCUCUCACUUCCCUUGAUUCCUUUCAGAUGAUUCAAUUCAAUAGUUCCAGUUCUUGGAACCAUUUUGGUGUUGAUUUCUUUGCAUAUAAUCUCGGUCUCUAUCAGGCACUGGGAAUUGGAGCUCAUAGAUGGGAAACAGAGUUCUAUGUGGCCAAUAUUUCAGUGUCAACUAAUGGUUCAGCUGCAGUUCUUUCAGACAAUGGAAACUUUGUUCUCAAAGAUGAUAUGGGAGUUGAUUUGUGGCAGAGUUUUGAUUAUCCGAGUGACUCACUUCUGACGAACAUGUUACUGGGAUUCAAUGGUAAUUCUGGAAAACGGAAUUUCUUGACAUCCUGGAAAAGUGAAAAUGAUCCAUCAACUGGGAUAUUCUUGGUUGGAUUGUCAGCACAGACGCCAUCACAAAUGUUCAUUUGGGUUGAUACAUCACCUCCCUACUGGAGAAGUGGGCCAUGGGAUAAAUCCAAGUUCAUUGGUGUACCUGAAAUGAGUACUCAGUAUCUGAGUGGAUUUACUCUAGAUGAUAAUGUGAAACAGGAAACAAAGUAUUUCUCUUACACUGUAUUCGACAAAACUAUUGCAUAUCUAGACAUAUCUUCAGAAGGAAUUACAAAGAUUAUGUAUUCAAACACGGGAGAGAAUUGGAAUCUUCUCUGGCAUGCACCAAAGAAUCCGUGUGACAUGUAUGGAGCAUGUGGACCUUCUGGGGUCUGCAAAGCUUCUGAUACUCCAGUCUGCAAGUGUUUGAAAGGGUUUAAACCCAAGUCAGACGAGGAAUGGAGCAAAAGAAACUGGACAGAAGGUUGUGUGAGACAGACCAAAUUGUUUUGUGAGACAGACAAAUACAUCAGUCUCGUCAAUUGGAAAAGAAGAUAG